AUGGCUUUUCGCCUCGCUGAUCUCAAACUUCGCCGCCGUGGAUCGACCUUGCGCCUUCUCUCUGCUAUUCUAGCGGCCAUCACACUCUACCUCAUCUUCUUCUCGCACCACGACCUCAUUUGCCCUCUUGCUCAAGGUGACGUCCGUCCGUCUUAUCCUCCCCGCCGCCCCUAUCCUCUCGACCUGCCCCCACAAGAGGUCUACAUGACCUUUCUCUCCUCUGGAGAUAUCCCAGAGUACUUUACAUCCACCUGUGUUCUCCUAUACUCUCUUCGCUACUCUGUAACCACUCGGGACCAGGCAAGACCGUUCUUUGUGCACGUCACAGAACUGACACCGCCAGAAUGGAUCGAGAAACUCUACUCGCUCGGCGCGUCCAUCGUCCAUACCCCACUAGUCCAAGGUCUGCCCGAAAGACCGACAGAACGGAGGUAUAAGGAUAUGUACACAAAGCUGGCGAUGUGGAACAUGACGCAGUUCUCGAGGAUACUCUUUCUCGAUGCGGAUCAUAUCGUCUUGAAAUCGCUUGAAGGUAUUUGGGAUGACCCGACGAGUCGAGCUGAGAAUGGGGUUGCAGCGCUGGGAGCUGGGAAGCGGGGGUAUAUGCCAGAGUAUGGUUAUUUCUCGGCAGGGUUUAUGAUGGUGAGGCCGAAUGAGGAUCUGUUCGGGGACAUGCUGGGCACGAGAGAGUUCAAUCCCCAGUGGAGAGAGCAGGCGCUACUCAACAAAUACUUUGUCCACUCUGGCCGACGCCCAUGGGGCAGACUAGACGGAAAGUACCAAAGGAUUCAACCAACAUACGAGCACGUGGAAGACGGCAUUCACGCGCUGCAUGAGAAAGUUUGGGAAGAAGGAAUAGAUGAGCGGAUACGAGCACUCUGGUUCGAGACGCUGGAAGAGGCGGAACAGUUUUUCGAAGAGAAUGAGGGGACGGAGGUGGAAUCUUGGGAGCUUAUAAUACGGUAG